GGUUAAAGAUGCAGUGGACCCCCGAGCACAGCCAGUGGGCCGAACAGCAUUUCGACAUAUCCUCCACCACGCGCUCGCCAGCCCACAAGGCUGAAGCCUACAGGGCGUUGCCUGGCCACCUGCAGCGCUCCACCACCUACCAGUACGCGUGGGCCAAUGAUGACAUUUCAGCCCUCACUGCCUCCAACCUGCUCAAGAAGUAUGCUGAGAAGUAUUCUGGCAUUCUGGAGAUGCCGGGCACAUAUUCUGAGGCCCCAGGAGUGAUGAACGGGCGGAAAGGGGAAUCAGAGCCCUGGCAGGAUGGCGUCUACCCCAUGAGCUGCAUCCCAGAGGGGGUUUCGGUGAGAAAAGGAGGGGUGGCAGCGGCCUCAGAGGUGGUGUCUGGUAUGUGCAGCUCCCCUGGCCUGGCCUCCAGCACUCUGAGCGAGCCCAGCUACUCCAGCAGCAGCUGUGGGAGCCACAGUGCCACUGCCCUUCACUCCUCCUCCAUGCCCUCUCAGGAAUACGGCCCGGCGUACAGCGGAUCCUACUUGCACAGUAGUUACAGCUCCCAGUCUGCCCCUACCCCUGCCCUCCCCUCCCCACUGCACAGUUCUGGGCUCCUGCAGCCACCCCCUCCACCGCCCUCCCACCCCACAUUAGUCCCAGCUUACAACGGAGGCUCCCCCAACUUGUCUAGUUAUAAUUACCCCCCAGCAGGCUACCCAGCUCAGAGCUCAGUCGGGCCGGGAUACAGCCCUGGGGGAGCACCCCCCCCCUCCUCAUACCUUCCCUCAGGCAUCGCUGCACCCACACCACUUCCCCCCUCUUCUACUUUACCUGGAUACCCAUACCAGAGCCACAACCUGACCCCAAUUGCCCCAACCCCUCUCAGCAGUAGCUCCUCUAACUCACUGAAGAGGAAAGCCUUCUACAUGACAGGCCAAGGAGAGAUAGACUCCUCUUAUGCUAACUUCGGUUAUGGUCAGUCUCGGAGCUCUGCUGAGAGCCCCAUGUACAGGAUAGCAGACAGCAGCAGUGCAAAUGGAGGCUCUAACAGCAGCAGUGGUGGUGGUUUUGACAGGAGUGCUGAAAAGUCCUCUUUACCUUUUAAUCCUCAGAAACAGUCCACGAUGUCAUCAGAACAUAGGAAGUACAGCAGUCAGGGAACAGGUGGGCCACUGACUCCACCGGCCUAUGGUUCCUCCACCCUGGGUGGUUCCCGUUCAGCUGACUCCCUUGCCAGCUUCACUUCGCCCUCCCUCAGUGAGCAAAGUGCUGAUGACCACCGUCUCCACCUCUCCCACUCAGCACCAGGGCCUACCUCCUCCUCAUCCUCGUCCUCCCGGCAUGCUGAAGAGCAGCUAAAAACCAGUGACCCUCACCUCCUCGACAUGGUGACCUCUGAGAUCGUCCAGCAGGGCCCCCCCGUGGAUUGGAGUGACAUUGCAGGCCUAGAACUGGCCAAGGCAUCUCUAAAGGAGGAGGUUCUGUGGCCCAUACUUCGCCCGGACAUGUUCAGCAGUUUAGGACCAACCCCACGUUGUGUGUUGCUGUUUGGCCCCAGGGGCAGCGGCAGGACGUUGCUGGGUCGCUGCCUGGCCAGCCAGCUGGGGGCACCAUUCCUGCAGCUCAGUGGUUCCACGUUGGCCACCAAGUGGUUGGCUGAUGGAGAAAAAAUUAUCCGAGCAUCCUUUAUGGUGGCACGCUGCCGGCAGCCCUCAGUACUGUUCAUUAGUGAGGUUGACAUGCUGCUGUCAGCACACCUCAGUGAAGAGAGUCCCAUCAACCGACUGAAAGGGGAGCUGCUCGGCCAGCUGGACUCGCUUCUUAUGGGUUCCGGUGAGGACGGAGGCAACCAAGUGCUGGUGGUUUGCUCCACAAGUAGACCCCAGGACAUGGAUGAGGGGCUGCGCAGGUACUUUGCUCGAAGGGUUCUGGUGCCCCUGCCGGAUAGCGCAGCCAGACACCAGAUUGUGACCCAGCUCCUGGCCCAAUCUCAGCACAAAUACUGCUUGAGCGAGGAGGAGCUGGCGCUGCUGGUCCAGCGUACAGAGGGCUUCUCCGGACUGGAUCUGGCCAGACUCUGCCAAGAGGCCCUUGUAGGUCUGUUACAUGUCUCUGCACAGGGCAUGGACAUGACAGGGAUGAUGCCCAGGGGACAGAUCAGGCCCCUCACCUACCAGGACUUUGAGAGUGUCUUUUGUAAAUUCCAGGCCAGUAUAUCGCAGAAAGAGAUUGACACGUACACUGAGUGGAACAAAAUGUUUGGCUGCAGCCAGUGAAAAGAUAGAUUCCGCCCUUGAGAAAAUGAGGCAUCCACAAUUCCUUUCCGCAGGGCAGAUGUAUUGUGCUGGAGGAAGAGGCAUGUAGGCCAACACAAGCCCACCGAGUUCUCCCAAACAGGGUUGAGACGCUCCAAGAGACCUGAUGUGAUGAGACAACUGGCAGUUUUGUGGUUAAUGAACAAGUUUUAAUUUGAAUGCUUGACACCCCAGAAGGCCAGGCAUUGUUUACGCAAUGCAAGCGAGUUGUCUCCAGAAGAAAGAUGCCCCAGUGUCUGUAUAUAUAUAGUUAUGUUCUUGUUCUUGGAGUUUUGUUUGGCGAUCCAAGUGCCUGGAGUGGUGCUUUCUGAUUUCCUUUCUUUAUUGGCCUCACAAUCUACAUUCAUGGCAUGAGCUGAUGAUUAUUAAGAGCUUUAACACUUCAGCAGUGAGUCUGAACAACAGAGAUUGACAGUUGCCAUUGCUGGUGGUCAAUCAUUCUUUAUUGUCUUGCUAAGAGCAGUAAUCCAUCAGAACGGCAGUCGUCUGGGCUCACACUCAUCUCUUCUGAUCCUUUGUCUGCAAAACAAACAAACGUUACAAACAAAACUCAGGAAAGCGUUUGUGAAUUGUACAGUACCUCGAGUUAUCUUGACGAAAAGCACUAAGAUCCGAGAGGGGAAUCCACCGCGGUUUAGCAGUUUAUGUCUUGCGAAGCAGUGUUAUGUGUACCUCAGCUGGCUAGGAUAAAUAGCAAAGAGAUGACAAUGAAUGUACUAGAUAUGUUCUGGAUUGACAUAAUCGACACUGAGAGUAAAAUCAUAAUUUCUUUCCGAUUUUUCCCUCCCAGCAGCUGCUUUCGUUUCCUGUUUCUUCUCGACCAGUCCUGAAAUUUUAAAACAGUGUUACCCCACCUUCUUGUUCGGGGGUUUUAAGAGACGAGCAGGUUUUUGAGGGUGGUGGGAGUUGUAUAUUUAUCAAAACACCCAUAAUCAUCAUUGUUUGUAAUAUGUGAGCUAGAUGUUAUGGUGGGGCUGCAUAGGGGGUUCAGUCAGUCAGCUAACUUCUGCACAAAAUACCUCAAAUAGCUCAUUUGACACGUGGUUUAUCAGAGGACGAUGGAGAAACCUGAUAAAAAAACACCUCCAGAUGAACUAAAGGAAUAGUUUGAGGAAUAUGCUCUUUUGCUUUCUUGCCUAUAAAAUUAAAUGAUAAGGUUGUUACUACUUUAUCCUCUGUAUUUCUUCUAUAAAAAAGAAAACUCAAAUCCACCUUUGAAAGUUUAUUUUGUUUUUGUUCUGUACCAAUACUUAAAGAUAAAACAAAAUACGACAAUCUGUACUGGAUAAGGGGAUUAAAUGCCACUAAGCUACAGGCUGCUGUUUGUUGCAUUACAUUUAAAGGACAUAUAAGAGUUGUAUAAACUUUUUCAUCUAUUUCUCAACAAGAAAGUAAAAAGUAUU